GUGUUUACUGUAAAAAUAAAUUGACAUGAUAUUGUUUUAUAUUCUCGCUCUCAGUCUUUGUUAAGCUACUAAUUAAGUUCUUAUUUUGUGUAUACAUUGCAGUUAAAUCUAUAAAAAAAGUAUUUACACAAUGGAAUCUUUAGGAAAUAUAAUUUCCGCUUUAACCGCAUCAUCAGUGGCGAUGAUCAUCGGUGCUAUAAUACGGGAAGUGGAAUGGCCAUCUCUACUCCUGCAGCCCGGAUCGGAGAUUUUCGUUUCUCCGAUAGUCGGUGAUGGCCCGUGGUGGUCGCUUACGGCCUUCUUGUUCGCAGUCGGGGCAGUUAUCGGUGCGCUAUUCGCUGGUCCAGCAUUAGUCAAGCGUUUUGACAAACGACUCGGCAUGGCGUUCUUCGAUGCAGUUUUGAAUAUCGGCUUGUUUGCCAUCACUUUUCCUUUCGAAUCGACAGCGUUGAUCGUCGCCGGCAGACUAAUCCUCGGCAUCGGAUCGGGAGCACUUUCCGCCAUCGUACCCGCAUACGUUGGAGAAAUUUCAGAACCGAAAAUCCGAGGUAGAUCGAGUGUGCUGUUUCCUGCCAUCAUGGUAAUGGGCGUCGUGAUAUCCUACGCAUUUGGUCCGUUUAAACAGUAUAAUCAUCAGCAACCUUUCGACGUGUCGUUUAAUGUAUAUUGCUUCUUGAUCGUGAUGUUACACGCAAUCGGAUUGUGUUUUAUUCCUAAAUUGCCGCACUCGUCGUCAAACAAUUUUUUCGGACAACGCCAUGACAACGAGUAUAGCGCGAUCAAUUUGUUGGGUGAACCCCAAUGGACGGAAAUAUUGUUCCCAGAGUUUGAAACCGAUAACUACAACAACGCUAGUCGACGAAGCUCAUGGUACUAUAAUACAUUGGACGCAUUUGAUUCUGAUUCGGAUCGCAGAGCACUCUUGAUCGGUGUAGGGUGCAUGUUUUUCCAUCAAAUUUGCGGCAAAAAUAUAAUAUUAUCAUACAUGAUUCAUAUAAUGAAAAUAUCUGAGAUACAUAUCGACUCUAAAACAGUAUUCAUCACAUUAGGAAUCAUUCAAAUCUUUAUGAUGGGCGUCGCAAUAAUUAUCAUCGACAACAAAGGUCGUCGUAUAUUACUGAUCUCUUCGGCAGUGAUAAUGUGUCUAUGUUUGGCUGGUUUGGCAUUUUGCAUCAUUUUUAAAACUCAACUAAACACUUCCACAUUUGGUAAUCUAUCAAUGAUUCUUAUCAUGAUUUUCAUUUUGGCUUAUUCCCUAGGAUUUGGCCCUGUACCUUGGGUUAUAAUGGGAGAAAUAUUUUCAACGAAAGUGAAACCAUACGGAAUAAGCUUUGCAACAGCUAUCAACUGGCUAAUGGUCUUAGCAAGUGUUUAUUUUCCAUACGAAAUGAACAAAUUUUUCAGUGUAGAACAUUUUUUCCUAUUUCACUCUGUAUUAUGCUUGUUUGGUGCAUUAUUUGCGUGGAGAAUUGUACCAGAAACUAAAAAAAUCAACUUACCGCAGAUCCAAUGGGAAAUAAGUGCCACUUUAGAAUUUGCACCCUACGUAUAUAUAUAAAGUAUAAUGGCCAAUGGGCACUCUGAUACAAAGAAUUUGAUACAUCAGUAGUAUUAGUAUAUGUUUCAAUAAAAAAUAAACCAGUUGUAGCUUUAUAGGUAAUUACAACUGUUUCUAUUGU